UCAAGAUCGUACUUACGUAGUACAUGUGCGAAAAUAUACCGGCAACGUCUACUUUCUCUGUAACGAAUAUACUGCGUCGACAACGUCAACAAAUUCUUUAAAACCGGAGAAAUCGCUUUGUAUCACUGAAAAUGGCCUUUUCCAGUAUGAUCAAAUAUAUCGGAAAAUCUGGCAGACAGAUCUUACACCUGACACCGGGAAAGACGGCUGUUCCAGUAUGUUCUGUACGAUGUAUUCACUCCAAUCACGACAGUUUCAAGUAUUCUGAGGUCCAGCUGGAGCAUGCCAAGGUGCUGAAGCCCAAGCCUGACCCAAACAACCUCCUCUUCGGUCACAACAUGAGUGACCACAUGCUGACUGUUCCCUGGACCGAGAGGGACGGCUGGAGUACCCCCCGCAUCACCCCACUCAAGAACCUCUCGCUCCACCCGGCGUGUUCUGUCUUUCACUAUGCAAUCUGUCUUUUUGAAGGGAUGAAGGCUUAUAAGGGAGAGGAUGGUAAGAUCCGUUUCUUCAGACCGUACGAGAACAUGGAACGAAUGAACAACAGUGCAGAACGAGCUGCCCUGCCGAGAUUCAGUGGUGAGGAAAUGAUCCGAUGUAUGGCUAGGCUUGUUCACACAGACAGGGACUGGGUUCCAGAUAGUAGGACCAGUUCUCUUUACAUGAGGCCCACAUUUAUCGGAACUGAGCCCACACUCGGUGUAAACUACCCCAAGCAUGCUCUCCUCUACUGCAUUGUGGGACCAGUCGGACCUUACUUCGAGACGGGUACAUUUAACCCUGUGACGCUCUAUGCCGAUACCAUGCACAUCAGGGCGUGGCACGGAGGCGUCGGCUACGCCAAGAUGGGAAGCAACUAUGCUCCAACCAUCAAACCCCAACACGACGCCGAGGCCAAGGGUUGUCAGCAGAUCCUCUGGCUCUACGGCGAUGAACACUACCUCACCGAGGUGGGUACCAUGAACAUCUUCCUCUACUGGUACAAUGACGCCGGAGAGAAGGAGCUGAUCACCCCUCCCCUCGAUGGAACGAUCCUACCAGGGGUCACCCGGCGAAGCUUGCUUGAUCUUGCCAGGGAAUGGAAUGAAUUCAAGGUGACCGAGCGCAGGGUUGCUAUGGAUGAAUUUCAGAAGGCACUCUCUGAGAAAAGGAUAAUUGAGUUCUUUGGUGCUGGUACAGCUUGCGUAGUUUGUCCGAUCGGGAAGAUCUUAUUCAAGGGGGAUAUGAUGGACAUCCCAACCAUGGACAAUGGGGCGGAGCUUUGCAAGAGAUUCUACAAUACACUUAUGGAUAUUCAGUACGGAAGGGUCAGUCACCCGUGGGCCGUGGAGAUCGACGAACUCAUCGACCUCGAGCUCAGCGACGAGGAGACGAUUAGCAGCUCGGCCAACUGAACAUUACCCGUCUUCACCCACAGAGUUCAUUGACCUGCAAGGUCAAAGGUCAUAUGUCAUCAAGAGGAGGUCAUGCCCUUGCCAGAGAUGAACGUUUGUAUAUUAACCGAUUUCACCCCUCCUCCAACACCUUGUUAUCUAAAGUGCUUCACGUUCAGUCAAAGUGUGUUCACAUGUACAGAAAACUGCUGAAGCAUGAAAUGCCUCCAGCAGUGAACUCCAGCUGUAUUUAUACCACGUAUGAACGCUCCUUCGAAGAUUGCCUAAUGUAUCAUAAUAGUGGCUUGGUUGUGCAAUCUCAUAAUAUAUUUAUUUUUAUCUUCCCUCUUUGUAUUCAUGACUCUUUAUUUGUUUUUAUUGGUAACAUGGUCGACUCGUCCAGCUUUUUAGCCGGGCUACUCAAACCAGCUGAUUUCAUUUUCAAGUCAUAUCUUACUUUGCAUUGUGGUUCUGUAAUAUUUCUGUUAUUCAUAUUAUGUAAUUUAUGAAUCAUCUGUUUGUCGGUUGAAAUUGGUAAUAAUGUUUCAUUUUGUGCUGUCAGAGCAAUGAAGCAGUAAUAUAAAACAUCCGUUUGUCCCUGUUCACACUAACCUUUUUAUUAGUACUCUGGUUAUCUUCCGCUUAGUCUGUAUGCAUUAUUCAAAUUCAAGUAAAGUGUACAAAUAUUAAAUUUGGGUGUGAAAGGGGGGUUGGAUUGAAAUGGUCAUAUGGAUGACCAUUUCGCACUGAACUUAUUAAUUUGUUUCCAGAUAGUGUUAGUGU